UGUAUAACAGCAGCAGCCAAUCCAAUCCAAGAUAUGGAUGAUAAUAUACUAAACAAUGACAACACAUCGUCUACCUCUGCAGCCUCAGACCCAGUGCUACACAGUGGAUUCCUCACCAAGCAAGGUGGAACAGUCCACAACUGGAAGAUACGAUGGUUCAUACUGAAGAAGGACACACUAUACUACUAUGUUACCAAUGUCAACUGGGAGAAGCAACGUCCAAGAGGUGUUGUAUACCUUGGCAAGGGCGUGGAGGUGUCCGAGGUCAACUACAAAGGCAGGAAGUAUUGUUUCCAGAUUGUGCCUCCAUUGCAACAACAACAACAACAGCAACUACAGCAACAACAGCUAUCAACAUCGCCUGGAUCAUCCAGUCCAGGUCUGUUGGGUACCAGUCCACCAAAAAGUGCAUACUAUGACGAUGAUAUUGCCAUGGGUUAUGGAUGUUUGCCAACAUCGUCACUCACUGGACCACCACAGCCACGCGUCUACCUAAUCUCGGCACAGACUGUGUUUGAUCAGAAGAAAUGGAUCGAGAAGCUCAAAGAAGUGAUCAAUUCCAACUCCACGCCACAGUCCACAUUUAGGAAGCCUGUACACGAUCAGAUCUCAGCGUCCAUCAAAGACAUGGCCACAGAUAGGGACUCAUUCGCACAAAGCCCAUCACUACUGAACAGACGAGAGUCAAUGGAUUCAGUCAACAACUUGAUCAAGGUAUCCUUGUCCAAGCGCAAGUUCUACUUCUAUCAUGACGAUUUGACCGUGCCUGAGUUGGCAUUCAUUGAAUCGCCACCACCAGCACGCAAGAUCACCUCUCCAUUCUAUUCGCCAGUGACUCAUCUCAACUCACCAUCUCAGCUUUCGGCCUCGCCACCACUCUCCUCAUCAUCAUCAUCGUCAUCCAGCCACAGCCUAUCACCGCUGUCCACCUCACCCGUCUCACCUUCGACCUCGUUGCAUGGUGGCGGCGUCAUGAUGCAUGUGCCCAUAUCAUCCGCGCCCAUGCCAACGGGAUCAAAGCAGCCCAAGAUAGUGGUGCACCACAUUGCCAAGGACUCAUUCCAGAUCAACAACUUGGGUCAAUGUCCUAUCAACUUCCAGAUACUCUCGCCCUUUGAUGUCAACUACACACUCUCAUUCCACCCUGCCACAGGCACGAUAGCCAUUGGCGAGACAUUGCAGGUGGCAGUCGAGCUCGUCGUCUAUACCCACGUCGAAGCCGACAUCUACAGCACGGUGUGCAUUCGCGGUGGAGGCGAGUUCACGUUGUUCACGCGAGUCGUAUCCGACCCGAUCUUGCCCCUCUUCCUGCGCGCAUGCAACGGCACCGUGCUCAACGAUGCCGACUCUGCACAGAUGUACGGAUACAUCAAGGAGAAGCCAGCUGUGAUGAAGCGUCUGCAAGAACUGGCACACACUAUGAUCGCGAAUGGCCAGCACAUCAACCCUAAGGAAUACGCACUUGGCGCACUCUCUCUGACUGGAUCAGGCGCGGGUAUCCCUCGCUACAUCCAUUCACGUGUCCGCAUCUCCAAGUAUGUGUUGACGUUUGGCAAGCAAGGUGAUCAGACUGCCAACAUCUACCAGCUGCUCACUGAGAAGUUCCUGAUAUCCAACUCUGGCGACACAGACAUCAGCUUCCAGUUCCAUCAGCCCAACCUCAAGCGCAAUCAGUUCAACUUGUCGAUGGUGCCACGCAACGGUAACUUGGCGCGUGGCGAGUGGUUCUACAUCAAGUGCUCGAUGACUGUGUUCGAGCAGAUCGAGGUCAACGAGGUGAUCCAGCUCAUCAUCAAUCAGCGCGAGGUCCACUACAUCCUCGUCAAGAUUAAGUGCGAGAACAUUCACGCUGGCAACAAGGAGAUAGACUUGGAGUCAGAGCUUGUUAUCCAGGACCAGCUUGGCCACGGUGCGGCAGGCGAGGUGUUCCGCGCACUCAUCUCUGUCAACAAUCUGAAGGGACAUCUGACGCGCAACAGUUAUGAGCGCGGCAAUUGGAUACGGCGACACCCAACAGACAACACCAUCAUGGUGGCAGUCAAGCGGCUGCACCAGCUGGCAGAGCCAUCGCCAGAGAUCAUCCAGGACUUUUACAGCGAGGUCAAGGUGCUCAGCAUGCUGAACCACCCCAACAUCGUCAAGUACGUUGGUGGAUGCACCAAGAUAGGCAACUGGGCCAUCGUCAUGGAGUACCUACCCUGUGGCAACCUCAUGGAUGUCCUGGCCGACGACAUCGUACCAAUCCCGUUCGCAUUAGUGUUGAGAAUGGCGUUGGACAUUGCCCAAGGACUGCACUACCUGCACUCCCUUGGCAUCUGGCACUUGGAUCUCAAGUCACCAAACCUGUUGGUCAACUCCCUGUCCCUUAAGGCAUCGGUCAACAUCAAGGUGGCCGACUUUAACACCUGUAUCAACAAGAGUAGAAUAACUGGACGUAAGUAUCAUUCACUCACUCAAUCAAUCAAUCAGUCAGUCACUGACACACGCACACAUAAGGGAACAACACUUUGGAUGUCACCGGAGGUGAUCAGGGGCGAUGUAUAUAGUGAGAAGUGUGAUGUCUAUUCGUAUGGAAUUAUAUUAUGGGAGAUGUUGACCCGCAGACUACCUUAUGAGGACGUGGUGUUCAAUUGCGAGAUUGAGCGACAGGUACUCAAGGGCAGACGUCCCGAGCUGCCCAUACCCAACUGUCCACCCGACUAUCUGCACCUGAUGACCUCGUGUUGGGACCAAGACCCAGAGGUGAGGCCUCAAUUCGAUCAGAUCGUUCAUAGCCUCAAUCGAAUGAUCAGCAACUAUGACAUACAGGAGCAGAAGGCCAAGGCCUCCUUCCGUGGCCUACGUCGAACAAACAGUAGCAGCAGCAUACAUAUACCACCUGCACUGGAAAACAACAACAGCAACAACAACAGCAACACCAACAGCAACACAUUGGCACCACCAGCCAAUGCCAAUGAUGUUCGCAAGUCCAAGAUCAGAAUGAAUACCAAGCGCCAAAGCUCCGACUCGUCAUUCCUCUCAACGACCUUUGACUCGCGUCGUUCACGUGGCUCCAGCAUCCUCCCUUUCAAGUUCUCCCCACCCACCACACCUCAUGGCUCGGCAUACUUUGGAAAGACCACAAGGCCAUCAUCUACCACCUCUACCAUCUCAACUACCAAUAUUACAUCCACCACAACCACAACAACUAACAAUAAUUCACAUGGCGAACAAGACCUUAUUUCCAUUCCACUUCCAAACGAGCAGUCCAGUCUCAAUCUACCAGCAUCGAUCAUCAAUAUGAAGGCAGGAGUUCGCAGCACCGUUCGAUUUAAUCCAUCCUACACCAAAGUCGGUGUGACAAACAAG